GCAGGCGCAGUGUCACAUCCCUCCCUCAGCAUCAUGGCGGCUCCCAUAGACCACGAGCUGAAGAAGGCUUUUGCUGAACUGCAGGCCAAAAUGAUUGACACCCAGCAGAAGGUGAUGCUGGCAGACCUGCAGAUUGAGCAGCUGAGCCGUGUGAAGAAGCACGCCAACCUCACGCAUAAAGAGAUCACUGCACUCCCCGGCAGCGCUCGGAUGUACGAGGGAGCAGGGCGCAUGUUCAUUUUACAGUCAAAGGAUGAGAUCAGCAGUCAGCUUUUGGAAAAGAAGAAGACCGCAGAUGAGAAGAUCAAGGAGCUGGAGCAAAAGAAGACGUACCUGGAGCGCAGCGUUAAAGAUGCAGAGGAUAACAUCAGAGAGAUGUUGAUGUCCAGGAGGGCCCAGUGAAACACAUUCCCACCCAUCCACAUGAGACAAAUGCCUUUGUACACCAUGCCUUUUGUUUAAACAUGCUUACGCAUGUAUUUGAGAAUACUCGUGACAACCAAGCUAGAGUCAUUUAUCAGCUGAACAGAGGAAGUUUAUUUAGGUUAAUCAGUGAAAAAUGGAUGUUCUGUUGACUAUAUGUCUAAUAUACUGAUGCUUGUGACCUCUGAAUUAAACUCUGACACCUGAGUAUUCUGUAAAGUCUUUUUAAGUUAUAGUUUACAUUGAUAGCUCUUUAUAGUCUUCUUUUCUAUGAUUUUGUAAAGAAAGUACAUAAAAAAUGUUUUAUGUAACUAGGUGUUAACAUGGUAAUAAAGGUGACUGUUUAAC